AACUCUAGAAAAUUUAUCGGAAAAACGGUAACUAUUAAAUUAAAAAUGUACAAGUUUAUAAUUUUUUGCGUAUUUGGGUUGGCCUUUGUUAAUUUGAAUGCAGCAUCAGAAGAUGACCGACGAUCUCAAAUAAACCAAACCAAAAGUUAUACAAAAAUGGUGGUAGAAGAGAACAAUUUGACUUGCGAGAAUUAUUUAACAGAAUACUGCAAAAGUUCACAUCUUAGUAUUUACUGCCAGAUUAUCAUGAAGGGCUAUGUAUGCGACAACAUAAGGGACGGUGAAGCUUUCGAUCAAUUAUAUGAUCAAUUCAAAGCAGCCUUAUUACCUCUAGUAGCCAACAGAACUUCUGAUGAACCACCCAUCAAGUCCUCCGAGAAUUAAAUUAAAUUUUGUUUUCCAAAUGAUUGUAUAACAUGUGUGGAUUAUUAUGUUAUUAAUAAAUUGCAAACCUAAA